GGCAUGGGAUCUGGUCCAAUGCUGGAAGUUUUCUCUAAGUCUGCAUUCCAAAAGCUCAGACAGGGAGAUGGAAAUCUAGAGGGGAGGAGUUACCUCAGCCUCUGGAUCCCUCACAGCCCACGCUCCCUCCCUUCCACUCAGAGAGUGGCGCUUUGGGAUGCUAAGGAUGCGCCUCCGUGUACUUCUAAGGUGGGAGGGGGCUACAAGCAGAGGAGAAUAUCAGACGCUCAGACAUUCCCUUCUGCCUGCCGCUCUUCUCUGGUUCCACUAGGGCUGGUCAUUCUAAGAAACUGACAGAGCCUAGGGCAGCUGUGAGAAGAGGCUGGGGCGCGUGGAACCCGAAAACUCUGGGUGCUCUCAGUUACAGCCUACCGAGUCCGCAGCAGGCCUUCAGAACCAUGGACAGCAGCGCCGGCCCCGGGAACAUCAGCGACUGCUCUGAACCCGUAGCUCCUGCAAGUUGCUCCCCAGCACCUGGCUCCUGGCUCAACUUGUCCCACGUUGAUGGCAACCAGUCAGACCUAUGCGGUCCGAACCGCACCGGGCUUGGUGGGAGCGACAGCCUGUGCUCUCAAACCGGCAGCCCUUCCAUGGUCACAGCCAUCACCAUCAUGGCCCUCUAUUCUAUCGUGUGUGUAGUGGGCCUCUUCGGAAACUUCCUGGUCAUGUAUGUGAUUGUAAGAUAUACCAAAAUGAAGACUGCCACCAACAUUUACAUUUUCAACCUUGCUCUGGCAGAUGCCUUAGCCACCAGUACACUGCCCUUUCAGAGUGUUAACUACCUGAUGGGAACGUGGCCCUUUGGAACCAUCCUCUGCAAGAUCGUGAUCUCAAUAGACUACUACAACAUGUUCACCAGUAUCUUCACCCUCUGCACCAUGAGCGUGGACCGCUACAUUGCUGUCUGCCACCCGGUCAAGGCCCUGGAUUUCCGUACCCCCCGAAAUGCCAAAAUUGUCAAUGUCUGCAACUGGAUCCUCUCUUCUGCCAUUGGUCUGCCAGUAAUGUUCAUGGCAACCACAAAAUACAGGCAAGGGUCCAUAGAUUGCACCCUCACGUUCUCCCAUCCCACAUGGUACUGGGAGAACCUGCUCAAAAUCUGUGUCUUCAUCUUCGCCUUCAUCAUGCCGGUCCUCAUCAUCACUGUGUGUUAUGGACUGAUGAUCUUACGACUCAAGAGCGUCCGCAUGCUGUCGGGCUCCAAAGAAAAGGACAGGAACCUGCGCAGGAUCACCCGGAUGGUGCUGGUGGUCGUGGCUGUAUUUAUUGUCUGCUGGACCCCCAUCCACAUCUACGUCAUCAUCAAAGCACUGAUCACGAUUCCAGAAACCACUUUUCAGACUGUUUCCUGGCACUUCUGCAUUGCCUUGGGUUACACAAACAGCUGCCUGAACCCAGUUCUUUACGCAUUCCUGGAUGAAAACUUCAAACGAUGCUUCAGAGAGUUCUGCAUCCCAACUUCCUCCACGAUCGAACAGCAAAACUCCACUCGAAACCGUCAAAACACUAGGGAACACCCCUCCACGGCUAAUACAGUGGAUCGAACUAACCACCAGCUAGAAAAUCUGGAAGCAGAAACUGCUCCAUUGCCCUAACUGUGUCCCACGACAUCCAGACCCUCGCUAAACUUAGAGACUGCCAUCUACUUGGAAUCAGGUUGCUGUCAGGGUAUGUGGGAGGCUCUGGUUUCCUGGGAAACCAUCUGAUCCUGCAUCAUUCGAAGUCGUUCCUCUCUGGCUACUUCAUGCUACACAUCAGAGACACUCAGACUGUGUCAAGCACUCCGAAGGAAGAUUCUGCAGGCUACUACUGAAUCCAGCUCAUGUACAGAAUCAUGAGAAACACCCAGUGGACCACAAUACUCUGUGGUAUGUGAAUUGUGAUCAACAUAGAAGGUGACCCUUCUCUAUGUAGAAUUUUUAAUUUCAAGGAAAUACUUAUGACCUCAUCAAAGAAAAAAAAUGUCACUUGUCAAAUUCACUGUAGUGAUGCAUAAAGUAAAAGCUACCUCUGACCUCUAGCCCAGUCACCUUCUAUGGAAAGUUCCAGUCUUCUCAGUCUUUUGUGAGGGAAUAUGUUGCUUCCAAAUUAAAACUUUCACCUUUAAGUUAUGGUCUUAGUUAUGUCUAAGACUUCAAGGGCACCUCCGUUUCUUGGUUUUGUAUUGUUUGAAAGAAGACAUAUUCCUCCCUAACUGCGUGUUGAAAAUGAAAAGGAUUUAAAACACAGUGUCAACUGCAGAAUGGUUGAUUCUCACACUGAAAGAGUGGGGGAGGGGAUGACCUUCCUAAUUCUCUCGAUGUCCUCCAAGUGUUCACAAGGUCAAACUCAGAGUCGCCCAGUAAGCUCAUCAUACCACCAUUCUGAGCAGGAAGCCAAGAAUUUCGCUCUCUUCAUUCUUUCAGUGAUUUCUCCACCCUGCAUGCUCUCUUAUUAUUUUCCCUGAUGCCUUCUGAA